AAGUUCAGUUCCCUGUGUAGUGUUGCUGUGUGCUCUAAGAAUGGCUUCUUUGGUAGCACAACUGGUGUCUCCAGUGGAAACUGGACAUAAAGUUUGGCAAGACCAGGCUUUUAUUAAGUGGAGAAAGAGAGAUCCUCAUGUCACUUUGCACUGCCAUGAAUCUGUUGAAGGAUCUCUUAGAUACUGGUAUCAACGCAACAAAGUGGAUCAUUUGGUAUCUAAAUCUGCUGUUUGGAAUGAUGAUGCUGUUCAAGGGGCUCUUGAUUCUGCAGCCUUUUGGGUUAAGGAUUUGCCUUUUGUUAAAUCUUUGUCUGGCUUUUGGAGAUUUUUCUUGGCUCCUGGCCCUGACAGUGUUCCUAAGAAAUUUUAUGACGCUGAAUUUGAGGACUCAGAGUGGAACACUUUGCCUGUUCCUUCAAAUUGGGAAUUGCAUGGAUACGAUCGGCCUAUUUAUGCCAAUGUAUUAUAUCCAUUUCCAGUAGAUCCUCCUCGUGUUCCUGAUGAUAAUCCUACUGGAUGCUACCGAACAUACUUUGACAUUCCUCGGGGGUGGCAAGAUCGAAGGAUUUUCUUGCAUUUUGAAGCUGUUGAUUCAGCAUUCUGUGCUUGGAUAAAUGGGGUUGCUGUGGGAUACAGUCAGGAUAGUAGGCUACCUGCCGAGUUUGAAAUUACAGAUUACUGUUAUCCAUGUGGUUCUGGCAAGAAGAAUCUUUUAGCCGUUCAAGUCUUUAGAUGGAGUGAUGGGUCUUACCUUGAAGAUCAAGACCAUUGGUGGAUGUCAGGUAUUCACAGAGACGUGCUUCUUCUUUCCAAGGCUCAGGUAUUCAUUGCAGACUACUUUUUCAAAUCAAACCUGGCCGAGAAUUUUACUUCUGCAGAUAUAGAGGUUGAAGUGAAAAUAGAAAGUGCUCUAGAAAUUCCUAGAGACAAAAUUUUUGACAACUUUACCAUAGAAGCCGCAUUAUAUGACACCGGAAGCUGGUACAACAGUGAAGAAUCUCCUGAUCUGCUUUCAUCCAAUGUGGCCAAUUUAAAGCUCACUCACUCCCCUAUGGGAAUUCUAGGAUUUCUGGGUAAUUUCCUUGAAGGGAAACUCGAAAAGCCCAAGCUUUGGUCUGCAGAGCAGCCAAACUUGUACAUUCUUGUUCUCUCCCUCAAAGAUGCAACUGGGCAAGUAGUUGACUGUGAAUCAUGCCUAGUAGGCAUAAGACAAAUAUCAAAGGCUCCAAAACAGCUACUUGUUAACGAGUGUCCAGUUAUAAUAAGAGGUGUGAACAGGCAUGAACAUCAUCCACGUGUGGGGAAGACAAAUAUAGAGUCGUGUAUGAUUAAGGAUCUGGUUCUAAUGAAGCAAAACAAUAUGAAUGCUGUGAGGAACAGUCAUUAUCCCCAACAUCCUCGUUGGUAUGAGUUGUGCGAUCUUUUUGGCUUGUAUAUGAUAGAUGAAGCCAACAUUGAGACACAUGGUUUUCAUCUUUGCGAACAUCUGAAGCAUCCUACUCAGGAACAAAGUUGGGCUGCUGCUAUGAUGGAUCGUGUGAUAAGCAUGGUGGAGAGGGACAAAAAUCAUGCAUGCAUAAUUUCUUGGUCUUUAGGAAAUGAGUCCUCAUAUGGACCUAAUCAUUCUGCUGCAGCCGGUUGGAUUCGUGAAAGGGACCCCUCACGGCUGGUGCACUAUGAAGGAGGUGGAUCCAGAACGACAUCCACUGAUAUCAUCUGCCCAAUGUAUAUGCGUGUUUGGGACAUAGUGAAGAUUGCAAAAGACCCAACUGAACCACGCCCUUUGAUAUUGUGCGAGUAUUCACAUGCAAUGGGGAAUAGCAGUGGGAACAUACGUGAAUAUUGGGACGCAAUUGAUAGCACAUUUGGUCUCCAAGGCGGCUUUAUUUGGGAGUGGGUUGACCAGGCGUUAUUGAAGGAAAGUGGAGAUGGUAGAAAACACUGGGCUUAUGGAGGUGACUUUGGGGAUACACCUAAUGAUCUGAACUUUUGUCUUAAUGGUCUUACAUGGCCAGAUCGUACUCCUCAUCCUGCAUUAGAAGAAGUUAAGUAUGUUUAUCAGCCAAUCAAAGUUUCACUAGAGGAAAGCACAAUAAAGAUAACCAACACCCAUUUCUUUCAAACUACACAAGGUUUAGAGUUUAGCUGGACUGUCCACGGUGAUGGAUAUGAACUUGGAUCUGGAAUUCUCUCUCUUCCACUGACAGAACCUCAGAGCAGUUACAAGUUAGAAUGGGAGUCAGGUCCAUGGUAUCCUCUAUUGGCUUCAUCUUUUGCAGAAGAAAUUUUUGUAACAAUAACUACUAGACUCCUGCAUUCCACACGUUGGGUUGAAGCUGGUCAUGUUAUUUCAUCUACACAAAUCCAGUUGCCUACCAGACAAAAGAUCAUGCCUCAUGUUAUCAAAACUACCGAUGCUAAAGUCUUUAGUGAAACUCUUGGAGAUACAGUUAGAGUUAGCCAGCUGAACGUUUGGGAGAUAACAUGGAACAUUCAGACUGGAAGUAUUGAAAGCUGGACGGUUGGAGGAGUUCCUGUUAUAAAGGAAGGCAUAAUCCCAUGCUUCUGGAGAGCACCUACAGAUAAUGACAAAGGUGGAGAAAAAGACAGUUAUUACUCCCGGUGGAAAGCAGCUGGUAUUGAUAGCCUUGUAUUUCAGACAAAAAGUUGUUCUGUGAAGAGCACAACCGACAAUCUUGUGAAAAUAGAGGUCAUUUAUGUUGGUGUCCCAAGUUGUGAGGAACGCUCCUUAUCUGAAUCUACAAAUGCAACAGCUUUAAUCACAGUUAAUAUGAUCUACACAAUUUAUAGUUCUGGGGACUUGAUUAUUGAAUGCAAUGCAAUUCCAAGUUCUGAGCUUCCACCUUUGCCUCGAGUGGGAGUUGAAUUGCACUUGGAAAAAUCAGUGGAUCAGAUUAAAUGGUAUGGAAGAGGGCCAUUUGAAUGUUAUCCAGAUAGAAAAGCAGCAGCCCAUGUUGGGGUCUAUGAGCAGAAUGUGGGUGACAUGCAUGUUCCUUACAUUGUCCCUGGAGAAUGUUCUGGUAGAGCAGAUGUUAGAUGGGUGACAUUUCAGAACAAGGAUGGAGUAGGCAUAUUUGCUUCAACUUAUGGCAGCUCCCCACCUAUGCAAAUGAGUGCUAGUUACUACUCCACAGCAGAACUUGACCGAGCGACACACCAUGAAGAACUCGUUCAAGGAAAUGAUAUUGAGGUGCAUCUUGACCACAAACAUAUGGGAUUGGGUGGAGAUGAUAGCUGGUCACCAUGUGUCCAUGACAAGUAUCUAGUUCCUGCUGUGCCGUGCUCCUUUUCUAUCAGGUUGUGUCCAAUUACUGCAGCUACAUCUGGCCUUGAGAUAUACAAAUCCCAGUUUCAGAACUAAUCGAGCGCAACUUGUUUUAUCACAAGAGACUUGAAUCGAGAAUAAUAAUGUAGAUGUCCAUCUCUAAGAAUAAGAUGUCAUCCAUGAGAUCACGAUUUGUUAGGUUAGACUUGCAUCUAAUGCAGAGCUGGUUGAGUGGUAAGCUGCACAUUAAUGUAGUUUCCUCAAGUUAUUUUCCCUGUUGUAUAGGUCCACCGAUCCUUGUUCUAAAGCCAUUAGCUUCAAUUCCUCCAUCCUAGAGUGAGUGGGUUUGAUUUCAGAUUCAGGACUGAAACAAAGGCAGUUGUCCUUUUUGACAAGGAUAGACUCCUGAGACAAGCCAUGUUUCCAAUUGCAUUUGAAGUUCACCUUGUAAUUUGUUGUGUUCCAAUACCUCAAAGGAACUUAUAUUUGGUGAUUGACGGUAA